CAUGGUGAAGGAUUCGUUGCGGUCGUUGAGGCUACUGAUCUACCAACUGUCAAUCUCUCGAUCUGCAGAACUGUUCGAACACGGCCAAGACAAACAUCCGAGAUGAGCUCCACGAUAUUGUUGACCAUGAUGCUCCUUUGCCUUGGGCUAGCCAACUGCGCGGUGAUUUUGGACGAGAGUGAAAAGACGCCGAGGAUCGACAUUGGUGACAUCGCAAAGGAACUUUUGGGAAGAUCCGGAUCUAGCCAAGUCUUAAGUUUGAACCUGACCAAUUUGGUGAUCCUACUGGUCCUGAAGGGUCUCUUGUUUGGAGUGACUAUGUACGGGGGCGGGCACAAGGGCCGGUCCAUCGAGUCGGAAGAACUCAUCUCAGAAACGGAAAUCAUGUUAAUUACGAGCUAUCUGAUGGGAGACACGGACAAGAACUACUCAUGCCUUUACAGAGUGGCCUGUCAGGAUCCGAAGAAGAGCAAGCAGUACCUCCAGGCGGCCAAACUACUCUUGAAAAGCUCUAAAAUGUUCGCGGAUAUCAUCGGCUAUGAUGAGAAGUACGAGACUCUAGUUGGGGAGAUUCAGGAGGCGAUCGAGUACGGCACCAACCACGGAAUCUGCGACCAGAAAUACUCCUGUUCGGCUGAGAAAAACCUGAAUAAAAGCGUGACAUAAUUCUUCUAUAUAACUAACGU